AUGGCAGACCUGUGGCAGGAAUGUAUGGAUCUUGCUGUUCAAGUAGCCAAGAAUGCUGGUGCAGUGGUAUGUGCAGCACUGAAGGAGGAGGUGUCGGUGAUGAUGAAGAGCUCCCCGGCAGAUCUGGUGACAGCCACUGAUCAGAAGGUAGAAGAGAUGAUUAUCUCAUGCAUCAAGGAGAAAUAUCCAACUCACAGCUUUAUUGGUGAAGAGUCUGUAGCAGCCGGUCAGAAAAGCAUACUGACUGAUAACCCAACGUGGAUUAUUGACCCUAUCGAUGGCACCACUAACUUUGUACACAGGUUUCCAUUUGUGGCAAUCUCCAUUGGAUUUGCUGUGAAUAAGCAGGUAGAAUUUGGGGUUGUGUACAGUUGUGUAGAAGACAAAAUGUACACUGGCAGAAAAGGAAAAGGAGCCUUUUGUAAUGGUCAGAAAUUGCAAGUGUCUGGACAGAAAGAUAUAACUAAAUCCAUGAUUAUCACAGAACUUGGAUCAAAUCGGAACCCAGAGGUCAUUAAAAUUAUUCUAUCCAACAUGGAGAGACUGUUGUGUAUUCCAAUCCAUGGGAUCCGUGCAGUGGGCACAGCAGCUGUGAACAUGUGUCUGGUAGCUACUGGAGGAGCUGAUGCAUAUUAUGAGCUGGGGAUCCAUUGCUGGGAUAUGGCUGCAGCAUCGGUUAUAAUUACAGAGGCUGGUGGAGUCAUCCUGGAUGUGAAAGGGGGACCAUUUGACCUGAUGUCUUGUAGAGUGAUUGCAGCCAGCAGCACAGAAAUUGCAGAGAGAAUCUCCAAGGAGCUCCAGCUCAUACCAUUAGUUCGGGAUGAUGCGUAG